AGCAUUGCUUCUGCACGCUAUGGACUGAGUCUGCAAUGUGUUCAUGUACCAUAAACUUGAGGAACCACCCUGCAAGCUUUCAGGUCGUUAAAUCCUUCUCUGUUGUAUGUGGUCUAUGAGUAUGGCAGAAUGUAUGGAGAACUGUGUUCCUGCGGGUGUCUUGCCUCCUCUAGUUGCCUGGCAUUAAGGAGAAAAAAAAAUGAGUGAAAUAUAGUCACUGUAUUAUAACUGUGGGAAGUAGAUUAGUCGAAGCGCAAGGGUAACGUGAGUGUAACUGGCCUCUGUCAGGCACUUCAUCUGCUGGUAGGACGGAGGAUGGUUGUCAGGCUCAGCAAAUGCUGUUUGAAGGGUUGAUAGGUCAGGCUGUAAAAGUAGAUGGGAAAUUUGUACAGUGAACAUAAGCAGGGUAGGUGAGUAGAAGAGAAACAACCCACCAUAUCAUCUGGGAAAAUAAAACUCUUUGGCAAGACUUCAUAACAGCCUGAUUCAAAAUUUCAUAAUGAAAUUAUGUCUCUGAUCAAAGCCUGCAUGAGCUCAUGAGCUGAUUUUUGCCAUUCGUGUUUAUUCUGGUUUGCACCAAGUUGAAGCAUCAGAAACACAUUAAUCUAAUCUUCUUUCUGGGAGGAGGCUCUUGUACCCUCAUCUGGGGAUCAAAGGGAUGGAGGAUUGCAAGGAGGAUCUUUAGCCCCUCACUGAAUGUGCACUUUUGAUUGGUUCUUUGAGUCCCCUUAGGCACAUAUGAGGGGUAGGGCCUUCCUAGGAGAGUUGAGUCUCCUGACACUUGCCCUUGAGGCAAGAAAAGCAAAGUUUAAGAAGGGAAAGAGACUCCCAUCUCUCCUCUGGACACAGUCUGCUUUUGCUCUAGAAAGAAUAUUUCGGGGUUUGUUUGUUUUAGACUCAGAGAAGCGCUCAACUGUACCUCUUUCAACUGGAGCGCUUCACCACAGGUUUUCUUCUUACAAAAUGAACUCAGAUCCAAUGGCCCCACACUUCUCAUGGAUCUUACUCAAUCAGCAUUUUUCUGGUCCUUCUCGAAGGCACACAGAUAGGCACUCCUGUCAACUCAAGUCCCAACAGAAAAGGCACUUGGUUGAAAUCUGGGAAACAGAAUUCCCUGGGUCUCAUGGGGCCCUUUAGACAAGAGGUACCCCCCCCCCACCUCUGUCCUUAUUCAUCCAAGAAAGAUUUAGUAAGGCCUUAUUUUAUGUCAGAUGCCUGUUCAAAGUGUUUUUAAUUUUUAAGCCCAGGGGACCUUUACAUACUUAACUGCACCUUUGUGACAGUCUCUCUCUCUCUCUCUCUCUCUCUCAAGAUAAUGUCUCAGAGGGCUGUGGUGGCACACCGCCACACUGGAAGUGGCACACACUUUAAUCCCAGCACUCUGGAGGCCAGCAUGGACUACAGAGUGAGUUCCAGGGCAGCUAGGGCUACAAAAAGGAACCCUAUCUCAAAACACAAGCAAACAAACAAACAAAAAGAUAAUGUCUUUUUCUACAGUUUGGCUUGUAUCUUCCUAUAUAGCCCAGGCUAGACUAGCCUUGAACUCACGGCAGAUAGUCUAACCUCAAAUGCUGAGGUUAGAGGCUCAUGCCAACACACUCAGCUUUGUUACGUUCUGGGGACACGGAGGUGAAUAACGUACCUGAUUUCCAUUUUCCUAAGCUUAUGGCCUAGACCCAAGAAAGCAGCCAAUGCUCUUGUGAACAGAGUCAUUUCGGGUAGUGGCAUGUGCCGUGAAGUGAGGUGGGAUGGAAUAACAGGAAGAGAGUGGCUGACUUAAAUCAGUAACUCAGCAAAUACUUCUGCCAAAGGAGCUGCUGCCAGAUAGAUCAAGAGAAUGUAGUUCCAUUUAAAAACAAGUGAACAGUGAAAAAAAUCUUUUGGUGUAGGGUCUCUCUAUGUAGCUCAAGCUGGAUUUGAACUUGUGACAAUCCUCCUGCCUUAGCCUCUCAAGUAUAUCAUGUUUCCUUAGAUCCUUUAAGUUAUCCUAAACGAUGAUUGGAAUAUAAGCUAGAAAGUGUGUUUAUUUAUUUUUAACCUGAAAUUCAAAUUUCACUGUCUUGUAUUUUUUUUCUUGAUGUUCUCCUCCCCCCCUCCUGCUUCCCCCUCCUCCUCCUCCUCCCCCUCCUCCUGCUCCUACUCCUACUCCUCCACCUUCUUGGAGACAAGUCAUGCUAUAUAAUGUGGACAAGUCUGGAACUCCUUCCUCUGCCUUUUGAGCAUUGGUAUUAUAGGUGUGUGUCACCAUGCUGAUGAAUUUGCUAGUGUUUGCAAUCCUAUGGAUAGAGGAUAUUUGAGCAGGAACUGACCAGAAGGAACCAGCGAUGCCGAUUCAGGGAAUGUGUGAUCAAACAGAGCAACAUUCAGUGUAAAUGUCAGAAGAGGGAGAAAUGAGGUCAGAGGAACGGAGCCAGAUCACAAGUUUUGUAGGGAUUGGAAGGAGUUUGAAUCUGUCUCUCUUUGCGAUAAUAAACCAUUGGAGAAUUUAAAAUCUCUCUCUCUCUCUCUCUCUGUCUCUCUCUCUCUCUCUCUCUCUCUCUCUCUGUCUCUCUCUCUGUCUCUCUGUCUCUCUCUCUUUCUUUCAAGCUGAGGCUUGAAUCCAAAGUCUGUUGUUACUAAAAACUGCUCUACUCCAGCCUAAAAUUUAAAGGCAGGACUGCCCGGUGCCCUGGACGUUGCUAUGGAAGGGACGCUUGACGGUUGCUAGACCCGGGGGAGGCGGGAGCAGGACAGAGGCGGAGCCGGGUCAGCCUUAGGCAAGCGCCGCGCGCUCUCAGGAAGUCGCGUAGCGCGAGCGGAAGUGACGUCGCGCGUGUUCAGGGUCCAACGUGCUUCACACAGGACGCUUUCCCGGCUGGGAAGUCGUGAAGUGGUUUACCUCGCGAGUAGCAGAGCGGUGUCGGUACUGUCGUCAGGAUGGUGAAGCCCAAGUACAAAGGACGGAGCACCAUCAACCGCUCGGCGGCCAGCACCAACCCAGAUCGAGUACAGGGAGCUGGCGGCCAAAACAUGAGGGAUCGGGGCACAAUUCGGCGCCUGAAUAUGUACAGGCAAAAGGAGCGCAGGAACAGUCGUGGUAAAGUGAUUAAGCCACUGCAGUAUCAGUCAACUGUGGCUUCUGGCACAGUGGCCCGAGUGGAGCCGAAUAUUAAAUGGUUUGGAAAUACUCGUGUGAUCAAGCAGGCAUCAUUACAAAAAUUUCAAGAGGAAAUGGAUAAAGUUAUGAAGGAUCCAUACAAAGUUGUCAUGAAACAAAGCAAAUUACCGAUGUCUCUUCUGCACGAUCGAAUCCAGCCUCAUAACGCAAAAGUCCACAUUCUUGAUACUGAAAGCUUUGAAAGUACAUUUGGCCCAAAGUCACAGAGAAAGCGGCCAAACUUGUUUGCAAGUGAUAUGCAAUCCCUUCUAGAAAACGCUGAAAUGUCUACUGAGAGCUAUGACCAGGGCAAGGACCGUGAUUUGGUGAUGGAGGACACUGGUGUAAGAAAUGAAGCUCAAGAAGAGAUAUAUAAAAAAGGGCAGUCAAAAAGAAUAUGGGGAGAACUCUACAAGGUGAUAGACUCAUCAGAUGUUGUCGUUCAAGUCCUUGACGCUAGAGAUCCGAUGGGCACUCGUUCCCCCCACAUCGAAGCUUACUUGAAAAAGGAAAAACCCUGGAAACAUCUCAUUUUUGUACUCAAUAAGUGUGACCUUGUUCCAACUUGGGCAACCAAACGAUGGGUUGCUGUGCUCUCCCAGGACUACCCAACACUGGCUUUCCAUGCGAGCCUCACCAAUCCCUUUGGGAAGGGAGCAUUCAUUCAGCUUCUGCGGCAGUUUGGGAAGUUGCACACAGACAAGAAACAAAUCAGUGUUGGGUUCAUUGGCUAUCCAAAUGUAGGCAAGAGCUCUGUGAUUAAUACAUUACGAUCCAAGAAAGUUUGCAACGUGGCCCCCAUUGCUGGAGAAACAAAGGUCUGGCAGUAUAUUACCUUGAUGCGUCGUAUAUUCCUGAUUGACUGCCCUGGUGUGGUUUACCCAUCUGAGGACUCAGAGACCGACAUUGUGCUCAAAGGAGUGGUUCAAGUUGAGAAAAUUAAAGCUCCUCAAGACCACAUUGGUGCUGUCCUUGAACGAGCAAAGCCAGAGUAUAUCAGCAAGACGUACAAGAUUGAGUCCUGGGAGAACGCGGAGGACUUUCUUGAGAAGCUAGCUCUCCGCACUGGGAAGUUACUGAAGGGUGGAGAGCCUGACAUGCUGACUGUGAGCAAGAUGGUUCUCAAUGACUGGCAGAGAGGCCGAAUCCCUUUCUUUGUCAAGCCGCCCAAUGCAGAGCUACCGACCGAUUCCCAGCUUCCACCAUCCUCACCAUUGGAAGUUCCCACAGAAACAACCCAGAACAACCCAGAAGAAGAGACCACAGAAACAGAAGUUGAAAGGUCAGACUCUAUCACUGAAAAGGAGCCAGAAGGAGACUGUUCUCAGGAUAGAAACUCAGAGAUGCAACAGAUCCUCGCACGAGUUCGCCAGAACUUUGGCAAAAUCAACGUGGGGCCUCAGUUUUCUGCGGAUGACCUGGUGCCUGUGGAGAUGUCAGACUUGGAAGAUCUGGAAAGCUCUGGGGAAGAGGAAGAACAGGAGCAGGAACAGCCAGGGGAGGAUGCCGAGGAAGAGCGCUCCCCAGACACUCAGGAGGAACCAGUGGGAAACGACACCAAGGCCGUGCUCAGAGCCCUGGAUGAGAAGAUUGCCAAGUACCAGAGGUUUCUAAAUAAAGCUAAAGCUAAAAAGUUCUCUGCCGUCAGAAUAUCCAAGGACUUAAGUGAAAAGGUUUUUGCAAAAUACAAAGAAGAGAAGAAAACAUCUGCAGAAGACAGUGAUGCAGCACCCACCAAAAAGGCAAGGAAGUGGGAUGCACAGAUGGAAGAAGAACCUUCAAAUAAGACUCAGAGGAUGCUGACGUGUAAGGAACGGAGGAGAGCAGCACGGCAGCAACAAUCCAAAAAAGUUGGUGUGCGUUACUACGAGACACACAAUGUGAAAAACAGGAACAGGAACAAAAAGAAGACGAGCGACUCAGAGGGACAGAAACACAGACGCAACAAGUUCAGACAGAAGCAGUAACUGCGAGAAAGCUGUUUAUUAAAUUAUACAAAAAUAUGC